AUUCGGGGCGAGUGUGAUAGAAAAUAGGACAAGAAAAAUAUUUUUGUGCUUUAACUUAAAAUUUAAGAACACUCAUUAAUUGAUAAUAGAUUUAAAAUAUUUUAAAAUUGAAGUAAAUUGUAUAAAGUGUGCGAUAAUGUUUGCUUUUACUGUGCUUGUAUUUAAUUUCAUUCAAGGUGUAAUUUCAGCCAAUGCAGCCAUUCCCGGUGCCCAUUGUCGUGAUUACAAUGGCAAAAUGUACGAAACGGGGAUGCAUUUUAUGCCCGGGCCAGAUACAUGCCGCCUCUGUGUGUGUGAAAACGGUCUACCGAAGGCCUGUAAAAUGGUAUUAUGUGAAGCAUUUAGCAAAUGCAAAUCUUUUCAAGUUGGCAAUGGCAACAGUUGCUGCGAGGUGAUCUGUCUUGAUGAUCAAUUCACUGAUGGCAGUACUGAUUUCGGUAUUUGACUGGUGGCCAGUGGCAUUACUGCCACACUUUCUUUAUCGUUGCUUUUCUUUUUGGUAAAUCGUCUGAGACAGCGUAAGAUACGUGCACGCGAAAGUCGACAGAAUGUCGAGGAUCAGCGCAGUAUUGUUGGUAGUAUAGGUUAUAUCGCCGGUAAUAUGGGUUACAUGGAAGGUAACAUGAGCGGCAUGGAUUAUUCCUAUGGCGGUGGCGCUUCACACUAUCCACUGUGGAAACCAGCUAGCGCUUACUUUCCACGUGGGGAGGCGCCGCCUCCGUACGAAGAGGCUGUCGCCAUAUCGCAAGCAGAAGCCCUAAGCGCACAGUGUACCGUUAGUGUGGCCACGACAGCGCACCGAGCUAUGGGCCUUAAUGCUACUGUUACACCGGUCGAAUUAAGUGCGGAAAUGCGUCGCAACAUGCAACAGCAGCAACAACAAACUUUAGUGCAGCAACAUGCGAUACAUAUGCAUCAACCGACGUCAUCACACAUUGGUAAUGGUGGAAACUGUACUACUUCGCUUGCCGGAAUGCCUAACACGACGCAAGCAUUGCAUCAUCAUGUCGGUGCGUUGACGUCUACGGCGCAACCGCAACAGCAACAUCAUCAACAAUCUCACAACCAAAUAACACAAAGCACCACCAACCUAAUUAACAUCAAUAUCAAUAGCGGCGGCAAUGUGACCACAAUUGCUACGGGUGAAAAUCAUCAACCGCCAUAUAGUUUGCAACACGAAAGUGGCGCCAAUGUUGUACAGGAACCACUUAGUCAUCAAUCGUUACAACAGCCACAAUUAAUGAAUGCAACUCACAUAGGCAAUAGUAGUGGGGGCCGUCUCCACCUGACUGCCGCAACGCCCAGCAAUUCAAUUUGUGUACAGACCCUCUCAAGUGGAGCGGGUGCUCAUCAGCCACUCAGUCAAUCAACGCAAAUGAUGGGAAUAAAUAAAUCUCUCCACCUGCAGCAACAGCAGCAACAUCACCACCAACUUACUGCUGCUAACGUCGCCUGCCAAGCUUUGCAGCAGACAAUGUCAUCUUCAAUUGGUUCUACGUCGAACAGUAACGAGUGUAGCUAUAAAAAUUGUCAUCUGAAUAUCAGCGCCAGCACUGCAUUGGCUUCGUCGUCGACUGUGGGGUCGACUGUGGGUGGAUCACAGCAGCGUCGCUCCCAACGUACACUGCCAGUUCAAGCCACUCAUGUUACGCAAGAUAUGCUGCAACACUUUGUUACAGUUGCUGAUGUGGAAAUCAGCGGUAACACCGUUGGGUAUCACUCAUUGCCGAAUGGUAGUGGUGUUGGCGGGGGUGACCGUGAAAUGGAACUGCUCAGUGUUGCUACGGUACCCGCGGGGGCAAUUUCCACACCCAGUAUCGAUGUGUUGCCACUGAUGAGCGGAGAAAUAGCUACAAUUUCUAAUAAUACCAGCGAUUCAGUCACACAAACAGCAAUAAGCGCAGUCUCUGGAUCACAUACACUGCCGACAAAUGCGCACACACAAACAUUGAAAAGUGGUAACAACAGCACCAAUAAUAGCAGUAGCCAAAACAGCAAAACACCCUCAUCCUCACGCCGUUAUCAUCGCACUAUACCACGAUACUUUGCUCUUACCGAUCCGCUGAGUGAAAAAGAGGCCUAUGGCAUAAAUAAAAGCAAAUCAGAAAAUAGCUCACGUGCUGGACCGAGCAGUAACGUGUCAGCUGUAACUUCUACGAAAAAACCCACCUGUCAGUGCCCAGUGCAGCACGUGCCCAUGUCAUAUAUGGCAGCCACGCAACUGAGCAAUGUUGCACAAUGUCCCAGUAACAGUGCUCUUCUUUCGGCCCUAAGUAGCAAAUUGAGCGCAGCUUGCCAAUCAUCAGCGGCAUCUCAAACAUCGUCAGCAUUAUCAACUCUAGUUACAUCACAUGGCAGCAGCAGCAACGGGCGUUCCAACACUGUUACUACGUUGGGUUAUCCGCAACGAGUCAAAUCCUCUAAUAGUCUUCAACCAUCGUCAACAAACGACGUCAACAGCUUCGGGGUGGGCAGCACCUUGAAGCGUACAAUGCAUACCACUAGCACCAGCACUAAUACGUCAACGCUCACCAAUAAUAACAUUAGCAACAUUAAUGCUACAUCGGUUUGCAGUUAUGAUACGAAAAUUGCCACAAUAUCUAAGCAAGUCGGUGAUAGCUCAGCUGCAGAUCUAGGAACAGCCAUAAGUAGUCACCAUCAUCAUGCUGCCCACCAUUCUCACCAUUCACAUCAUGCACACAGUGUUGUUGUGUUACCUUCACAGACCCACGACGAGAGUAUGCCUAUAGUUUUGGGGCGUGUACAUAAACGAUCCAGUGGUGAACGAGAGCGCGACCGUGAACGAGCACGCAGUGCCAGUAGUGGGCGUGCCAGCAGCAAUAGUAGCGCACACCAGUUGGAGAAUAGCGCUGCUACAAUUUACUUGAGCGGAAAGGGCGACGCGUACUUGAAUUUUCCCCAUCCACAAAAUUUCAGCAAUCGCAAUUCGCAACAGCAGCAGCAGCAGCAGAAUUGCCACCAACAACAACAAACCAACGAAACAAAUCCAAUAUUACCACCGAAACUACACAAAUCUCUAACGAAUUUAAAAUCUACAACAAACAACAAUCAUAGUAUAACGACCACAGCAACAGAGAUUUCUUGUGCUGCUGUUACUACGCCCAACCCCACCACCACUGCCACCACCUGUUCGAGUUACACAACCGUGCAAACGGUAUACACUCUCAGCAAACCAUCCACAUCGACCGCAGCACAUGUGAGCCGCAAGGAGCACCAAACUAUCCAUGAACCAAUAAAUGGCAACGGCGGGACCAGCAGUUGCAGUAAGAAUUCGCCGCUUUCGCUCACUUUGCCCCUUUCGCCGGGGUUAGCAAACAAUUUUGGAGGGGUGAGUACCAGUACUGGUAGUGAUUGCGGAAGUAGUUCUGGCAACAAUACUGUAGGUUCACAAACGCAUUCUUCUGAAAAGUCAAGUAAAAUCAAUUCAAGCACAUUUUAUCCACUGCAAAAUAAUCAUGUGACAUACACACUGCCAAAGUAUAUAAGUGGCAAAGUAUCGUUGAAUAGCACCAUUGCCAGUGUAGUUAGCAAGGUGCCUUCAGUGAUCAGCAUACCGGUUAGUGGCGGCGAAGUCGAUUUAUUUGAGAAACAACAGCUGUGUAUACGCCUUAAGUCACAACAAUUCAAUUCAAUAAACAGCAAACAUGAACCCACAGCAAUGUCCACAUUGAAGAGUAGCAGUGCAAACGGCCGUAGCACAACAUUGCCAAAGAUUUUGCGUGCCAAAAAACAGCAAGACGUUAAUGCGACCAACAAUUGUAAUAGCAAUAUUGGCAGCAGCACCAUAAAACAUAGUACUGCUUCUGGAAUGACAACAGCAGCUGCGUCGAUAUCGUCGGUAUCCCAAUGCAAUAUGCCCGUCUAUCCCCAACAGUCCACUAGUUCACAUGUCAAAACAACCGCAACGGCUAAUGCAACAACGCAAUUCAAUUCCAUCAUAUCUGAUAGUGAUGUUCUGUCUUCUGCCAAACAUUUACCAGUCUGUACCACUUCGAAGAAUUGCCAAAAUCCAAAGGAGCAUUUUUUGCCAAACGACACUAGUUUGGAUGAUGAUUACUUAAGCGAGUGCGAGAAUUGUAAAAUUGCGCAGAGUGCCAAAUAUUAUUUAAAUGCUGAAGAAGAGGGGGCAAUACCACAAGAGACAAUGACCCUACAGCGCAAAUCGAUGGACGACAACAAAGAGGAGCAGGAGCAGUCGUAUUAUCGAAUUUCGCACACGCUACCAACGAAUCCCAAGAAGAAUGCUCCUGUCAAAAAUAACAAUCGUGAACCAUGGUUUUCUACAAUCCCAGCUAGCUCGUCAUCCGAAGAGGAUGUCAAUGAAUGAGAUUUAACACAUUUUCUUUAAAUAAAGAAUUACCCAAACCCACACGCACCAGAAAAUACAUAUACGCACACAUAAAUACAUGUAUAUGCGAAAGCAUAGGAAUAAGGAAAUCGGCUUUUGGAUUUGGCAAAUCAAAAAGUUGAAGUAUGUAAACAACAGUACGAACAUUAAAUGUAAUAUCUGCACAGCGGGUAAAUCUAAGUAAGUAUUCAAAUAAUACACACAUGUAUAGAAUACACAGUAUCUUUGAAAUGUAUUGGAAGUAAAAUUAAGAUAACUUUACAGUAGAUACUUACACCAUUACAAGUAAAGAAAAGUCAAAAGCUCUUGAAAAUACCGUAAUAAAAUCUCUUGGAGUAUUUCAAAAAAGAAAUAGAUACAGACAGUAAAGAAUAUAUUGUUAAUUCUUCUUUUUUUUACUCUCCGCACGUUUCACCAGUAUGUUGCAAAAUAAGGCUAAAGGAAAAAGCCUAAAGCAAGCCUUUCGACAUAACGUAUAUAAUAAGUUAAAAUGUUAUUAUAGAAAACACAAUAUACAAUUAAGAGAUACCAAAAAUUUAUCGCCGAAAUUUAAUGUAUUCUUAUGUAUAGAAAAACGUUCAUUAAUUGUGCGCUUCAAUUAACUAACAGUUAAGACAGGAAAAUAGUUUUCGUUGAGCAGAUAUUCAUAAAAUAAGCUAAGCCAAAUCUGCUUGUAUUCAAUAUUACAUGUAUAAAAUUAAAAAUUACAAAAAAAAUAGCAUAUAAAUAUGUUCCGAUACGAUAGGAAAGCAUUUGGGGAUGAUCACAUUGCUAGCGGUACACAUUUCAAUGCAAACGAAAUUCGCAUAAUUAUUUAUAGAUAUAUAGAUUUAAAUGACACAAGAAAAUUUCAGUUUCAAAGAGCGAAUUUUUUAUAUUUUCCAACAAUUGUUUCUUACAGGGAAGACAUAAUUAAAAAAUAAACGAUAAAUCAUAAAUGUACGCGAUCAAUGCUUAAAAAUGGAAGCAGUAAUGUGAAUAUCCUUGCUAAAGUAAAAAUUUUAUAUUAUUGCUUGAGAAAGCCACAGGAAAACAGUGUACGUGAAUGCCAAAAAAGUAUAAAUUAGCAAAUGUACAUAUAUUGCUUAAAACAUGCCAUUUGGAAGCGUUAAAAAUGUGAUACUUCCGGCGCAAUUAGUUUUAGAUAUUCUCAGCUGACACUUUACAGUGAUGCCUUAACCUUGGGAGCAUUUCACUCUGAUUUUUUGGUGCGAUGAAUCCAAAUAUAAUAUUUUUGACAAAUAUUUAUUACAGUUUUCAUUAGAGAAAACAUUAAAAAAACUGUAAAUAUAUUUGAAUUUGAAAGUGAUAUGUCCAAAUCUGUUGAAAGUACAGUACGAACUCGGUAAUCGCAACUAAUAGAAAUCUAGGUAGUUGCACUUAUUGAGGUUGUUGCACCCAGCGAGGAAAAAUAUAUAACAAGAAAUAUGACAAAUGAAAAUCGUUUUAUAAUAUAGAAAGCUUAUUUUUUAUUAAAAGUUUUAUAUUUUAAACAUAUCGGGUAUUGUCUGCACUUUCUUCUUAUUAAGGGAUUUUAUUAUAGCCCUUUCAGGAAGCUCCUUCAGAAAUAUAUUGUCUUUUAUUGGAAUCUUCAUUUGUGAACGAAUCAUUUGAUGCAAGAUCUUGGAGCAUUGAUGCAAGGAUUGCGCGUUCAUUUUCAAUUUCUAUUUUUAGAAUGCUGAGAGGAAUCUCUCUUCACUCCACUCAACAUCUGGUUUCAUUAACAUAUUCCAGCACUUGCGAAUGGAGCUUGCUGACACUUUUUCCCAUGAAUUUGCAAGAAGACAGAUAGCAUGUCUUAAGUUGAAUUUCUUUACUUUUUCUUCCAGAUGAGUGGUUUUAUUCUCUAUUAAAUGCGCCAAAAGACUUUUUUGUAAUAGACUUUUUUAAGUUAAUAACGUUUUGAUCCAUUGGUUGGAGAAUCGCGGUACAGUUAGGUGGAAGACACAUAACGGUUAUCAUUGCAUCAUCACUUUUCAUCUCAUUGUCUUUAGGAUGACACGGGGCGUUAUCCAAGACCAAUAGGGCUUUUUGGAGAAGUCCCUUGGAUUCUAGAAAUUCGCGUACCUAUAACAAUCCAAAAAGUACAAAUAAAUUUUAAACAAGAAUUCAAUACAUUUCGUAUUUCUCACCUCAGGAACAAACGUAUGAUGAAACCAGUCUUUGAAAAACAAAUAAGUCAUCCACGAGUUCUUGUUAGCCUUGUAGACAAACGGGCAUUUUUUGCAAAUUUUUGAAUGCUCUAGGGUUUUUUGCUUUUCCAAUGACAAAGAGCUUAACUUUGUGCGUACCCGAAGCAUUUGUGCAUGCGAGAAAUGGUAUUCUCUUCUUACUAACUUUCCGACGAGGAGCAGAUGAUUCCUUGAAGCUCACCAACGUUUUAUCUGGUAUCUGCCUGAAAAACAAUCCGGAUUCGUCGGCAUUAUAAAUUUGUUCUGCAGAAAGAUCAAGCUCCUUGAUUUUAUUUCUAAAACGUAUUACAAAUGGGUCGACAGACGCUGUCUUAUUGGAAAGCUUCUCUUCACAAAUUUUCAAGUGGCGGAGGCCAUAUCGCUUUUUGAAAUUAGAUACUCAACCAUUACUUGCAUGAAAACAUCCUAUCUUUUCUUUUAUUUUCUCAUGGACCUUGCGAGCUUUUGCUUCGACGAUAUCGAUGGAUAUAGGCACAUUUUUACUCCUUUGUUUCAAAAAUCACUUGUAGAGAGCCUUUUCCAUUAUUGGGUAUUCACAAGACUUUAGGUUUGCCGUUUUUCUGGUCCACCUUCCAUAUUUGUGAACUUUAUAAUCAAUACAAAGAGCUUUUGUCGAUACACCACUUUCUAGUUUAUCAAAAAUUUCAGUUUUUUCUUUAAUAGUUAGUUUUAUUAAUUUUUUUGUGACCACCAUGACUUUUACACAUAAAACACUACUGGCGUGUUGCAAAAUAAACUGAUAAUGAAAGUCAUUUGUCGACAAUUGCUCUUAACACAUAUACACAAACAGCAAAGUCGACAGAGCAACGGUAAAAUAACGAUCAGUUUGUGAAUACCAAAAGAAUAACAAAAAAAUGCCAUAAGAAGAUAACGACAAAAAAAGAACUGAAGCAAAACAUAUUUACAGUCUGUCUAGUAGAAGAGUGAUCGCCAUAACUUGGAAUUUAUUUGUCCGAUUCGUUUCAAAUAAAUAACAUUUUACACGUUUAUAAUAUUUAUUGUACGCAAUACUUUUAAUAACAUGUAGUAUAGUCACCGCCAUUCGCUAUUAUGGCCUCACACCUCCGACUCAUACUUUGCACUAAGUUCUGAGCAAGUUGCCGAGGCAACUGCGAUGUUUGGAGUCAUUGUCUUCUUGCAAAAUCCAAGAGUGUCCUCUUCUCCCGAACAUCUUCGCAGCUGAUGGUAAUAAAGCUGUUUGAUAACUUUUGUUCAUCAAAACCGCCUUCAAGUUGCUGGUAAACACGAGAAGGCGUCCAAAUCCUUUUUCUGAGAAACAUCCCCAAACAUGGACCUUCACUGGGUGUUUAACAGUUCGUUGGAGCAAUCGAUUGUUAGCGGUACACCAAGAUCGAUUUAUGUUACUAUUUGCCCAAAAUGAAGAUUCAUCCGUGAAUAUUACAUUAUUCCAAUUCCGUUCUGAAUUGGCGCGGGCCCAGGCGAGUCUUUUUUCAACGUGUGAUGAUGAGAGCAACGGUUUUUUAAGAGAGCUGCGGUAUUUGACGUCGUUAGCGCCUAACGUUUUCGAAUCGUCUCUACCGAUAUUUUAACAACACUUUUCUCUACAACUUCUUUAGCUUUACGCAACGAUAAGCCCGGCUUCGUCGCAAACAAAUCAAGGAUCUUCUUGCCCUGCUUUGGUGAGGUCCUUUUUUUAGGGCCCUGCCCAGGCAAAUCGUCGACAUUUUUUUCUUCUAAAUACCGAUUCGUCCACUUCGUUACGAAUGACUUCGGCUUCUUCAUAUAUUUUGCUGCAGCUAAACGUGACAUUUUCGGCCCUCUAGGGUGUAGACAAAGAAAUACAGCUUCAAAUCGCUUCUCGUACGCGGAACUCAUUUUUUAAAACAACGUGCACUUUGUAAUAGUUUCACGAAACUGACAGUUUUUGCAAUGCGUACUACAAAAAUGAUGUCGCUACCAAGGUGCAUUCAAAUUAUUUUGAUAACGGCACUCUAUGUGCAAAUUUUGCCGAUCCCGACUCUACUAGACAGACUAGAUGUAAAGUUGAGGUCAAUAUUUUUGAGUAGUUACACUUAUAAUGGUUACAAUGCUAUGUUUUAUAGAGUUGCAAGAAUCAAGGAGUUGCGUGUGUCGAGGGUUACGGUUACCGAGUUUAUACUGUAUACUUUUUUAUAAAAACACGUUACAAACAACCUUUUCAUGUUGCUACAAAAAUCUUUGACCUGAUUAUUUCUCUUUCAACAUUAAUUUUUGUUCUUUGAAUCGAAUUACUUUUAUGAAUGCCACAUGCUGAUCCAUGUUUCUAGUAUCAGGGUCAACCCAUUACUGACCCUUCUUCAAGGCUGAAUGUUGGUGGUCACUUGUCCUCCAAACAUAUGAUUGCUUAUUUGAUCUAAAAAUGAAAUUCGUAUUUGAUCUAAAAAUAAAACUCUUUAUUUCUGCACUCUAUUUACAAUUAAAAUGUAUGAAUAUCCUUGGUCAAGUGAAGAGAAGGAAGCAAACAAUGUUGACAGACUUCUUUCUUUAAGACACAACUGAUAUUUUGCCAUUACCUAUAUUAUUAGAGUUCUAUUUAAAUGUCUCUCUAAUAAUACAAGGCGCUUGUUUUUAAGUAGCCCACCUAUUGUGAAAUCUGGAAAAAAUAUAUUUUUUUGCUUAUUUCGAUUUCUCAGAUCGAAUCGUCGUUUUUGCUUAUUUUGUAUACAAAGACCUUGCAGUUUUUCGAUUGUUCAAUUCAAAGCGAAUAAUCAAUCUGAGUUAAAACCGUUUAGUGUGAAUAAUUCUUCAUUUGCCGACCAAAUGUAGUUGUACUAUUCAGAAAUCACCGUUCUCCAUUGAUCUAAUGUUGAUAGUCUUUCCGCAAAAAUAAAUUACCAUUUUUUCAUAAACGGUACGCAGAUAAUCGUAUAGUUCACUUCUGAUGCAAACGUUAUUUGUACGAAAAAUCUAGGUCUAUAAGACUUAUGUAUUGCAGUCUAAGUAAACUCUAUUUUCUCUCCUCUUUUUUAACAUUUACAAAUGUAAACAUUUAAUACUUACACAUCUAACCUCUUGAACCCAGUUUCAAUUACUUACCUGUCUUUCGGUAACGUGUCAUUACUUUCAUGCCCACAAAACCAUUGCUCGUCUCUAAAAAAUGUCAACAGAAAUAGCCUGUCAUUUUAUUAUUUCAUUAAAUAUUUGUUUCGUAUGUUAUCGAAAUAAAGUCAUAUGAUAAUUAGAAUUAUCCUAUAUUUUAUCCUUACAAACAUGUCGAAGAGAUAUGUGAAUAUAUUCGUAAAGAUAUAGAUUUUUACAGGGAUGUAAACAAAAAUUGUCAAUCCUAUUAAAAAUAAUGAACUUACCAUACUUUUAUAGUUUAAAUACUGAUAACGCUGACGUGUCUAACUACAGUAAAUCUUCUUUCAAAGUCGGUCCUUUAAUGUCUUUUGUAAUCAAUUACAUUUAUAUAUUGUGCUUUGAAAAAAGAAAACGAGUAAACUACAUUACUUUAAAAUACUCCUUGAAUAGCCAAAACUGUAUUGUACGGCUAAGAUGUGGGAUAUGUGACUGAACUUAGCACUGCAUUUCUUUGCAUAUACUCAGUGUUUGAGUCAAUUAAAAGCUAUCUUGAACUAAGUACAUUAUUUAUCAUUUAACAUUUAUACUAACUUGUUUGUCUCAUAUACGGAAUUUGGAUGGAGCCUCCCUGUUAAUUAUUUUUGACGAGUUAUCGGCGAUGGCAUUAACAACUUAACCGAACGCUAUCCGUUCUUAUUUUAUUGUUAAGGGUAUAUAUGUAUGUCUACUUUCCCAAUCCAUACCAUAAUGUUGAACAUGAAACUUGUUUGGCUUGAAAGUUAUGAAAGCUCCAAGUUCAGAGAGCGGCUGUCUAGCAACGACAGUUAGUAUUAGCUAAAUAAAAUAGCAUGACAUAACAUUUAUGUUUCGUGACAUCUUUACAUUUAAACUUUAAACUUUAGGUAGUAGGCUAGCAAUAGCAAUUUUUUUCGCCUAAUUAAGUAGGUGUAUGGUUUAUGUUUUUUCAUAAUAGCCUGGGCGUAAGACUUCUAUUAAAUAGGUAGAAACGCACAGUGCAGAUAGAAAAACUUCUUUUUUGCUGAAAGCGGAAAUUUCGAAUUUGAAUUUUAAGAAUGCAGCAGCCAUCUUCCAUAGACUGAUGGUCGCAGUUUUCGCUUUUUACUUGUAUACAAGAUUAAAAUUGCUUGUUUAUUUUUUUCUAAUUAUUUCAGUCACCUUUUAUUAUUUUAAAAUGGUGUCCUUUCUAUACAUAAAUAUUUUUCUCCUACUGAAAUGGGACGGUCAAAAAGUGAAAAUAUCCCAUUUAAACGACUAAGAAGCUUUUUCGAGAAAGUUUGUGAGGGUAUCGCUCACGUUAAGGGUUUAAUUUGAUAAGAUAAAUGAAGGUUGUUGAUGUUACGCUGCAGUAAGAGUAUCCAUGUUUAAUGACCGCCCUUACUCUACAUAUACAUAUGAAAGUUUUGGGUAUAAGUCAAAUGACUUUAGCUCCAAUUCUAUCUAAACAUAUUAAAUAAAAAAAUAAUUAAGUGCCAAUAAAAUAAUCCAAACAAUGUUCCCACUUACAGAAUGAUUACAAUAAAAUGUUCAAACUUUUUCCACACCUUGUAACAUACCGCAAUUAGCAUAUAAGCUAACGCUUCAACCGAUAAAAUAUCCAUCUGAAAUGGUUACAUAUCCUUCUCCAACAAGAAAAAGACUUUUGCUGAACUGUUUGCCUUGGACACGCUUGCAACAGUACCAUAUGAAACGCAUCUUGUGAAUAGAUUAUCACAGAUCACCUCCACAAUGGAUUUUUUUUGGCGCGAGUACUCACCCCUGAAUCACCGUUGAAACUUUUUCGCAGUUUUAGUUUAAAAAAGUUCAUGUUUUUUAUUUAAAUGGGUGAUCGAAAGCGAUUAAUAAUGAAAAUCCAGUCCAUGGAACCCUAGCACACGCACAAGAGCCGCAAUUAUUUAUAUAUUGUAUAAUGAUAUCUCUUGUUUUUAUUAUAGAUUUAUUUCGGUUCAAAACAUAUAUAUAUAUAUCCUCCGUGUAUGCUAAAGCAGCAAUUUAUUAGAAGAGAUCAUGAAUAGCUCUAUCAUUAAACUAAAACUUGUUCUUGCCAAUCUCGAAUCCAAUCGUUUCUUGGUUUUUGCGCUCUAUUUAGUUACCGCUCUCUUAGGAAGAGCGAUAAAAUCGUAGGUGAUGAGGUGUAGGUUGGUUUUGCUUAUCCUCUCUUGUUGAUGCACCAUUUAAGUUUGUAUCUUUAUGAUUGCAGUGUCAGUUGGGUUAUAGCUUCGCCACUGUUGCUGUUCUUGUCUUAUCUAGCACAAAUUAGACAAGGUGUUCUCGGCUUUUCCUAAGCAAAUGCAAUGCGAUGGAAAUCGAGUUAUUACUAGGGCAUAAAAAUUAACAUGACAAGUGUCUCAAAUAAAGAUACCUGCAUCAAACCAAAUAUUCGCGAUUUCGAUUUUUACUGGAGACCCAUGGAGGUCAUGUCAAAAACCGAUCUUCUGAAUGUAUAGCAUGACAAUACAAAUACUUCCUGCCCUUCUCCAAUGACGAAUGCGAGUUCUAUCUGAAUCCAGUCGUCAGAUUCAGAGCGCACACUGACUUCGUUCUCUCCCUCCUUGCAGAAAUAAAAAUAUUUUUAGGUCUACAACUUUGCUUCCGUCGUUUUUUUUGUUAAUUUAAUUUAUUGCUUUAUUGUAUAAAAAUAGUUACAAAAAUGUUAUUCAAAAUAUUGGCCGUCGCUAGCUACUACUUUUGAUCAUCUUUCUGGCAGCAUGCGUAUUCCGUGACGAAAGAACUCCUCAUCUUUCGAGUCGAUCCAAGUAUCAAUCCAAUUUUUGACUUCUUCAUAAGAACUGAAGUGCUCGUUAGCUAGACCGUGUGCCAUCGAUCGGAAUAAGUGGUAGUCAGAGGGAGCAACGUCUGGAGAAUACAGCGGGUGUUGUAGACCUAAUAAUUCGAUAUUUCGUUGCUUUUUCCGAUUUGGAAACCUCAAAAACGAGAUUUCGUAAUUUUUUAUUUGAGGUAUUUUCGAUACUAUUUAUUCGGUAGCUCAAAAGUUAAAGAAUAUGAUAAAAGGUGGCUAUUUCAAAUAAUAAUAAAAUACAUUUUGCUUCGGGUAGCAUGGGCCGUAUUAAAUUUUUGCGAUUCUAACAUAAGUUGUUUGUGUAAAUGAACUGUCAGCACUUUAUAAUUUUAUAAAAUAUCUAUCACUUAUCUUUUUUUGUUUCAAACAACACAUUCGAACGAAUUAAUAGUAGGAUGUAGCAGUGUCAUUAUUGAAAAAAUCUUCAUUAUUGCCUGGCAUUCACAAGUACAUACACAUGUGGUCACUAAAAUAGGUACCACAAAUUUUGGUGCUAAAUAAGCGUUUUUUUAAACAAUUUGAAGGUUUUAUUUUUUUUUGACAAAUUUAAAAAUCAAACGUAAAUGCCAAUUGCCAUUAAAACCAUUACCAUUUAGAUAUAAAAUUGUUAGCAAAUAAAAAGUAAAUUUUUUUACAGGAACUUAAAAAAUUAGUUAAAUUUCAUUAAUUUAAUCCAACAGCAGGUUUCCUCAAAGAUUUAAAAUGGAGUUCAGGGCAGGUGAUUGGCUGGCCAAUCCAUAGCGUUAAUGUUGUUUUGACGAAACCAAUCCUUUACUAGCUUUGAUUAGUGUUUUGGGUCGUUAUCUUGCAUAAACCAUUCUGGCAAUUUGUGGAUACCAUGCCAAUAGAAAUGUUCGUCUUUGAAGCAAACCAAUCAGACAUCUAUGAUUUUCUUUCGUGUCUUUGAAUCAAAAUUUCACAAGAGUUUCUUUGGUUUUCCGUUUGUCUGUCAUUCAAAUCAUGUGGCACCCAUUUGCAACACUUUUGCAUCUUUCCUAUAGCUUUAAAACGGUCUGCAAUUGGUUGUUGUGCAAUAUUUAACAUGGCUGUCGUUUGCUUUUGACUUAAAGUAUCAUAUUCAUCCAAUAUUGCUUGUAGUUCGGCGUCUUCAAACUUUUUUGGCGGUCUUUCACAUUCUUCAUUUCUCACAUCAAACCAUUAUCUCUGAACUCGCUGAUAUUACGUAGUUUAUUUCUGCUACAAUCGCCUUUGAUGACUUAGAGGGAUCCCUCUUGGCAAGAGUUGCAAUUAAAUUGUCGGUAGUACAAGGUGGCGCAAAAAUAACCUUCCGAUGUUUUUUUGGCUGUAAUUUAAAAAAAAAUGAAAAACUUUGAUUCUGCUUGUGGAUUAUUUUUAAUUGGUCUUUUAAAUUUUUUUACAUCAAGUCGAGAAUAUGAUAUGUAAAUGGCCGCCGCCACAGUUGAUUGUCAUUUGAGCCCUUUUUAUGGCAUUUUCUAUCACUUUGGCCAGAACUUCCGGCAAUAGGUCCUCACAUUCUUGACGGAUAUUGUCUUUAAAAGCUGCAAGAGCCUGAGGCUCGCUGGCCAGUGCAAAUCACCAAAUCGGGAGAUUAGACGCCCGGGAAAUGCUUCCUUCAGCAUAUCUGUUGUGGCACGUGAAGUCUGUGCUGUUGCACUGUCUUGUUGGAACCACAUGUUUUCCAAUCCCAAUUCAUCAAGUUGCGGCAAAAAGAACUCGUCGAUCAUUGCUCUGUAGCGCUCACCACUCACAGUAACCGUUUGGCCCACGACGUCAGCGAAAACAGCACACCAUACAGUGACUGUGAGCAGGUGUAAUAGCUCUUUGUGGGUUACACGCGGAUUUUCAGUGCCACAGAAGCGUUGAAGAGGUUUUUUUAAUGCCACUACGUCGAUUUUGUAACUUUUGGGGCUUCAGGGCAAUCACAACCAAAAUUUUCGACCUUCCAAGUAAUUUAACAAUACAUUUGCAUGUUUUUUUUUUGUUUUGCCUGUGAAGUUGAAGAGCAAGUGUUCGUUCCUCAGAUGUACAGUGUCGCGCACGUCCCAUCCAAUAAGACAUUAAUAUUAAUUUUUGUUAAUUGCACUAUUUUCAACUUGAAAUUUAACGUUAUAUAAUAAUGAAUUCGACCAAUAAAACCAAGGUAACUAUUUUAGAGACCACAUGUGUACAUACAUAUGUACAUAUAUACACAAAAGUAGGAGCGCAAAGAAGCAAAUAAUAUAUUCUUUAAGUGCUUAUGUUAGCUUAAAAUGUAUUUGUUAAUGUGGAAAUCUUGAAAUUAUUUUCAAAAAUAAUGCAAACGAACAAAUUUUCCUUAGAAAUAUUUUAGUGAAGAAUAGUUUUAGACACGUACUUCAAAGAACUGUAUAUGGUAUUACUUAUAAAUUAUGGUAAGCUAGUGAUCGAAAGUAUGUUUCAGCAACCAGUAUUAAGCGGGAAAAUAUUAAAACCAAAUAUAGACAAAAUGUGUGUAUACAACUCGUAAAAAUCGCAAACAAAUGCAUUGUUUUCAAAUUUUAGAAAGAAGUCACAAAUUAUCGUUAUAUAUAUUUAAAAUUAAUAUAUACAUUAAUUGCAGUCAAGCAAAUUAAGCAGUAUAGGAAUGUACCAAAGUCUUAAAAUAAACAUAAGCAAGUGUUAAAUUAGAAAGCAGAAUUAUGAAAAUUGAAGCAAAACGAAAAAGUUUCGAGAAAAAUAUAAAUCGAAUUGGAUUUAGAUGUAAGAAUGUAAAAGAAUUACCAUAAUAUGUAACAUAAAAUAAUAAAUAAAUAAAUUGAAAAAAUCA